UCAGUUCGACGCGCACAUGACUCGUCACGUGAUCAUUCGUUUCUUUAUAAACCCCAUCAACGUGCCUUUCGUUUUGACUUUGUUUUUUCCGAGCAGUUGAAAGUUAGGGGAGUGAGAUAACCCAGCUAGCACAACGAGCAAAGUCGGCAGACUACAGACAGAAUGUUGCGACUGGCUCUCCUGUGCGUGAUCUCAGCCCUCUCUGGUAGCUGGGCACGACCACGCAUCGAUCCUCUCUCCCAUGAGAUGGUCAAUUUCAUCAAUAAAGCCAACACUACUUGGAAGGCCGGACAUAACUUCCCCGAUGUGGACUACAGCUAUGUGAAGAGGUUAUGUGGGACUUUUCUCAAAGGACCUAAACUUCCUGUCAUGGUGCAGUAUGCCGAUAGCAUUAAGCUCCCUGAUAGCUUUGAUCCCAGAGAGCAGUGGCCCAACUGCCCCACUAUUCAAGAAAUCAGAGACCAGGGUUCCUGUGGUUCAUGUUGGGCAUUUGGGGCCGCUGAAGCCAUCUCCGACCGGGUGUGCAUCCACAGCAGUGGCAAAGUGAGUGUGGAGAUCUCUUCUCAGGACCUGCUUACCUGUUGUGACAGCUGUGGCAUGGGAUGUAAUGGUGGAUACCCAUCUGCUGCUUGGGAUUUCUGGAACCAGGAGGGUUUGGUGACUGGUGGACUCUAUAACUCUCAUAUUGGCUGUCGGCCAUACACCAUUGAGCCAUGUGAACAUCAUGUAAAUGGCAGUCGUCCUCCCUGUAGCGGAGAAGGUGGAGACACUCCUAACUGUGAUAAGGCCUGCGAGCCUGGCUACAGUCCCUCUUACAAGCAAGACAAACACUUUGGAAAGAGUGCCUAUAGCGUCCCUCCUAAUGAGCAGGCAAUCAUGACCGAGCUGUACAAGAAUGGUCCAGUAGAGGGAGCCUUUACUGUAUAUGAAGACUUCCUUUCUUACAAGACCGGUGUCUAUCAGCAUGUGAGUGGAUCGGCAGUAGGUGGUCAUGCUAUUAAGAUUCUUGGUUGGGGUGAGGAGAAUGGCGUCCCCUACUGGCUUGCUGCUAACUCCUGGAACACUGACUGGGGUGAAAAUGGUUUUUUCAAGAUUCUCAGAGGCAAGGACCACUGUGGCAUUGAAUCGGAAAUGGUGGCUGGAAUCCCAGCGUAACACUGAAAAUGUGAUGAAAUGGGCAAACUGAUCAAGACAUGUGGAUGUCUCCCAUUUUAGCUUGAGCUUACUGCCAUUAUCCGUGGCCAUGGAUUUAAUUCAACGUUACGUUUUAUACAUGAAAUGAACUUUUAAGAUUGGGAUGCCUUCUAUGAUCAGGUUCCCUUUUUAGUAGUUAUUGAUUUAGGAGUCUGAAUGUGCAGUUUGAGUAUAGAUUUAAAAUGUGUUUUAAGCAAAACAAUGCUCUCUUUAAACCACUUUCUUUAAAUUGGGGGAAAAAAUGUAUUUUUAAACUUUGCUUAUUUGGUUUGAAUGGAUUUUUACUUGAUUUGCAUUUUGUUAAUGUCUGUUGUCCAAAUAAUAAAUAUAAAACCUUAAACAUU